CGUCGCGUGGGAUAAGAGCUUCCAACACAUCCGAUUCAAGAAGAAGAAAACGAAGACGAAUUCAAAGGUUGAAAGGAUAUUCGGGACAAACCAUCAUCACUUGCGCAGCCAACAGAACGAAAAGAACUGAAAUAGUUGAAGUGUCGUAAUGUAGUGUUGAACUGUUGUCGGUGCUUGGAACUGGUCUGAAGUUCUCAUUGUGACAAAGGUUUGGAGUGAGCCUCUCAAGAGAACUCAGGUGACCAUCAAGAGGUUAUAACUCGUUUGCUUAGCAUGGUGGAACGCUUCCACUUCUGCUUCGUCCGCUGAUGCGACUUGAACCUGGUGCCCGGGUGCCCAUCCAUACUGAGCCCUCCUCUGCCUCAAAACCUCUUCCCGAAAGGCCCGACACGAUGAACUCGCAGCCCUUAAGGACCAAGAACGAACAGCUGAUCCGCUUCAUCAACGACAGCAGCGCCACCUGGAUGGACAAGGUCGCCAGCUGCCGGGAGGCGAGCGAUCGGAUCAAGAGCCACAUCCAGAAGAACACGGAGAGGCGGAAGGACAUCCUCCAGAUCAACAGGUCGAUCAGCAACGAGAUCAGCCGGAUGAAGACCAUCACGGAGAGGAACGACAGGAAGGAGCAGUACCUGGAGAACAAGAACACCUUCCUGGGCGAUCACCUGAAGACCAUCCAGGAGAAGGAGGACAACCUCCAGUCGCUGAUGAAGGAGCUCGCCAGAGCCACGGACUUCAAGGCGGCCGCGCCCUACAUCGAUAACAUCGAGGAGGUUCAGAGGGACCUGGAAUCGUACCUGAGAUACCUCGAGGACUACCUCCCCAGAGGAGAGAACAUAAGUGAGGACAUUGAGAAGAAUGUUCUUGGGAUGAACAAGAAGUUUGAAAUCAUCCAAGAUGUGCUCAGCUCCCCGGAAGAAGGAUGCAAAGACAUCGCCGCAGCAGAAACAGCUGAGCUGGACAGAAAUGAAUACCUCAUCUUCAAUCCUUCCAGUGAUCGACAUGACAACAUACCCAGUGAAAUCAUGGCUGAACACUUGAGGGACAUGAACAAUGAUAUGGAGAGACUGAUCAGGCAGCAAAAAUUAUUUGCCAUUCAGUCUUGCCAAGGAAAGAAGAGACUUGCCGAGAUCUGGUUCUCCCAGGACAACGAGUUACUUCUUGGUCACUUGACAGAACAGAAACUGCCUCCAUAUGCCUACGCUAUAAAGCACAGCGAAGUCAUGAAGCUGUUAGAUCCCGCCUCGGGAGUAACCUUUUUGGAACUUGGCAACAUGAGGUCAACGCUCGGCAGCGUUUACAUUCGCCUUCUCCCGGACAAUAUCAGAUGCCAACAAUUCCUACUCCUCUGCACUGGAGAGAAGGGUCGCUCCUACGCCAAAACGAGACUUCUAGAAGUUGGAAAUAAACACUGUCUGAAACGGGAAUACGUUCGCUUCGGAGACUACGAGAAAAACGACGGCACUGGAGGAAGAGCGCUGUUCUCGGAUAUUACCAGAGAGAAGGAGAAAACAGACCCUUGCAGAUGCUUAGCUGGGGCGGUUCUGGGGGAAGUGCCAGGGCAAAUGGAGACUGGCAGCCAGUUCAUCAUCUGCACCAGUGACACCCCAGACUCUCACCACGAAAUAUGCGCAUUUUCGGCCUUUGGGAAAGUUUAUAAAGGUCUGGAUGUUCUGACUAAUGCGAUCAGCCAACUCCGAAACCUGACGGACAUCUCCAUCCAGAGAUGUGGGGUCAUUCUCUCGGUCAACAAUUCCCGGAAGAGGUCGAGGAAAUUCUCAAGGAAAAGUGGCAGAGGAGGAUUUUAUGAGAGUCUGGAUUCAGUCCAGUCUUUUUAGUCACACUAAUCUGGUGAUUAAUUAACACCGACGACAAAUGUAAUGAGGUCAAAUAUACCUGACGCGAGCUUUGGU